UGUGUGUGUGUGUGUGAGAAAGAGAGAUGGCAAACACAUUAAUAAGUUAGCCGUAGCUUGAUUAAGUCUCCUCGUUAGCUAACUAGCUAGUGGCCAUCUACCACACAUGGAUAUGAUGUUGGCUACUUGCUGCAUUUAGCUGUCAAGCUAGAACGCAACAACUAGGUACAGUUAGCUGUCAAGCUAGAUGCGCACAUUUGCCUUGGCCUGAGUCAUGUCACAGAGGCAUGUAUUUAGAGUACAGAUGGCCUCAACUUGCAUUACCAAUCAUCUUAGAGCGUGGAUUCUCCUUUGGCAUUGUAAAGUCAAUUGAAGCAAUGCAUUUGUCAAAGUAAGAAACGAAUUAAAAGCUUGGCUAAAGGUAGAACAUUAAGUUAAUUUUAGGGGCAAUGUUCAGUACUUGAUAAAGAAGGCAUAACAGUGAAUGAGUUGGAUAGUCUUUUGUUAUAGAGCUGGUCAAAUGUAACAAUUGACGUGUUGCAUUUUAUGACGUGUUUGUUUGUAGUGUGUGCCCUUUUGCUUUUUAGUGAGUUGCAUGUCUUUCUCAAUCCUACCAUUUAGAUGGUGCUUUGCUCUGUUUUAGAUUUAAUUGAUCCUGUGCUUGGUGUUGGGUUGUUAAACUGUUAUUUUCAAGGAUGCAGGGCCUUUUACAAAUGCUGUCUAUGAGCUUGAUGAGUUGGCUGAUGACCGCAUGGCCCUGGUCUCUGGGAUACGUUUGGACCCAGAAGCUGCCAUCGGAGUCACCAAGAGACUGCCUCCCAAGUGGGUAGAUGGGGUAGAUGAGAUUCAGUAUGAAAUCACAAGGGUCCGGCAGAAAAUGAAGGAGCUGGCCGCCCUCCAUGAUAAGCACAUGAACCGUCCCACCCUGGAUGACAGCAGUGAAGAAGAGCAUGCCAUAGAGAUCACUACUCAGGAGAUCACACAGAUGUUCCACCGGUGUCAGCGUGCGGUGACAGGUCUGCAGUCUCGCUGUGGCCACUGCACAGAGCAGGAGGAGAGGCUUCUGAGAAAUGUGGUGUCCUCGUUGGCAGGGAGCCUGCAGGAGCAGUCCACCAACUUCAGACACACACAGUCCAGUUACCUGAAACGCAUGAAGAAUCGCGAGGAGAGAUCAAAGCCCUUUUUUGACUCCGGUCCUCUGAUGGAGGAGGAUGAAGACAUAGCACUAUAUGACAGGGGGUUUACAGGUGACCAGCUGGUCCUGGUAGAGCAGAACACCGUGAUGGUGGAGGAACGUGAGAGAGAGGUCAGACAGAUAGUCCAGUCCAUCUCUGACCUGAAUGAGAUUUUCCGAGACCUGGCUGGAAUGGUGGUGGAACAGGGCACAGUACUUGACAGAAUUGACUUCAAUGUGGAGCAAUCGUGUGUCAAAACAGAAGAGGGGUUGAAACAGUUACAAAAGGCUGAACAGUAUCAGAAGAAAAACCGAAAGAUGCUGGUCAUUUUAAUCCUUACUGUUAUAGUUGUCGUUUUAAUACUUAUUCUAUUUGGGACUAAGUUCUAGUGAUGCAUUCCUUUGCUUUUGGUAUGUUGUGUGUGUGCUUGUAUGAGGGUCAUAUCUGUACUUCAAAUGAUGCUGAAUACCUGUCCAACUUUCCAAUCAACAUCUGAAGAAUCACCCUUCCAGAAUCUUGCGCUGUAUGACUCAUGGAGAUGUUGAAUGCAUGAUUCCUAAGAGAGGACAGCCAGGGAGAGUUCCUAUUUCACUUUGGAACAUGCCUGCACACACCCACUGUCCGCUCCAAUACCCUCUUGAAUAUGACCAUAUCCAUGUGUCAUGGUACUGCUACAAAGAAACACAGAAAAAACACUUCUUCAAUUCCCUUGUGGUAGACUACUGAUUGUCAUGGCCAUCUAAUUUGCCUGUUUUUGGAGAAAAUAAGUGGUUUUCUUGUGAGAGUUAGCAUCAUCUGUCCAGUUUUAGUGUAAGCUCUGCUCUUUCAUGUAUGUUAUUCCAGGAGAAGAUUUCUGACAAUUCAGCUACCGCACAGAUGAAUACUGAAUGUCUAUGAACGAGGAACAUUUGUCUCGUGGUGUUGCUUUUACAGACCCUGGUCAUUGCAUACACUUCAUUCGUUGAGCAUUUGUUUCAUUUUCUGCUUUUUCAUGUUUCUUUUUUCAAAGAGGGAGAAAUUACAAUGGUUUUUGUGUCUCUCAGUGACUGUAGAUUGAAUACCAAUAGUUCCUUUUGGAUUCAGACCAUCCUAAAUGAAUGUCUCUGUACCAACAGCAGUGUCUUUCAUGAUGGUGCACAUUUAGAUCACAUGACUGCUUUCUCUUGUUUUACACUCCCUUUCUCUUGUUCGGUAUCACUAACUGAUACAUCAGUUGAGUUUAUUUAGUCUUUUAUACCUCUCACAGUUUGCACAUAUCGAAAGACUGAUGAUUGGUUUCAUGUCUGUCAAACUACUGUCUCCUGUAUAUUAUGAAAUUAUUUAUUUUGAAUUUAAAUUCUAUAAAAGGUCAAAGGAUUUUGUCUAAUAUGGCAAAGAUGUAUUGAAUAGCCUAAAUUGUCUGGCAGCCUGUUUGCAAGCUUUUGCACUCAGAAAUUACUUUGCCGAUUCCGCUACAAAAUCAACACUACAGUUUCUUAUGAAGAAUGGUCCUGUUUUUUGGAAAGAUAUGUGACUCAUUUCAUGAUAAAUUCUAAAUAGAAUUCAAA